AUGUUAUUAAUAUUGUACAUUCCUUUAAUAUCGGCUUCUUAUCUUUAUGAGAAUUCAACACUCAUCACAUAAACAUUGUUUUAUGAAAGAGAAGGCAACCCCAUGUACAAUUUAAGUGUGUUAACAACCUAAGAAUCAUACAAUUAAUUGGAUAUCAAGAUUGAAGAUCUCGAAAAGCGAUAAUUUCAUAUUCCCUCAGAAAUGGAACCAUUUAAAAGCAUUUAUAAUGAUAUCGUUAAUCCCAUUGAAUAUUCGCAUUACGAUUAUGAAACCCUAAUUGAUGAAUCUCCUUUUAAAUUUAAUGUAAUCAGAGUCGAUACUCAAGAAACUAUACUCUCUUUAUUUGAUAUUAUAGUUUCUGAAUUGUACAGUGAAUUUACAGUGAAAAUACCUACUAAAUACUUUUUUGGAUUAGGAGAAAGGAAUCAAAAAGGAUUCAGGUUCAAAGAAGGAAUUUACACUUUGAUGGCUAAAGACGUCCCUUAAUUGUUAGAAGAUGGCAAAUAACCAGGGAAAGGUGUCUAUUCAUCUCACCCAGUGUAUUUGAUGAGAGAAAGAUCAGGCAAAUACCAUGUGUUGUUUUUUAAGAAUAGUUCGCCUAUGGAUGUCGUCUAUAAAGAGGAUAAGUUGACAUUCAAGUACAUCGGCGGAAUACUGUAAUUGAAACUCUUCUUAGGUGACUACGAUCCUGAGACUGCAGUUAAAUUAUAUCACUCCUAUUUAGGAGGUUGGGCAUUGCAUCCCUUUUGGGCCAUGGGAUAUCAUCAUAGUAGAUGGCCAAUUAAAAGUAGUGAGAAGUUGAAAGAGUACGUUCAUAAUCAUAAGGAAAAUGAUAUCCCCAUAGAUACUAUAUGGUCAGAUAUCGAUUACAUGAAUGAUAGAUAAAUCUUUUCUGUGGAUGAAACGAGAUUCCAUAAGAGUGACUUUGAAGAAAUAUAAAAUCAAUUGGGAGUGAACUACAUCCCAAUUAUUGAUGUGGCAGUCGGAGUUAAGUAUGGUAAACAAGAUAAAGGAUUCAGAGAGGGAAUCAAUUUAGAUAUCUUUUUAAGAUCUCCAAAUACAGGUCAAAGAUUUAGAGGUAAUGUAUGGCCAGGAUCUUCAUAUUUUCCAGAUUUCUUUCAUCCGAAUUGUUCGACUUAUUGGAGGACUAUGAUCAAACAUCUCUAUCAAAGUACUAAUUUUAGCGGAUUAUGGAUCGAUAUGAAUGAGCCAACUAAUUUCUGCGAUGGGGAAUGCGACCUCUAAUCAGGAGGCGAUAAAUGGAAUUCUACAAUGGACUACACUGACAUUAAUGAAGAUUACAAAAACAAUCAUAUUAGAUUCCCUUACAUUCCUGGAGUGUCACCGCUUGAAAAGAUGACUCUCCCUCCAAAUUUAUACCAUUAUGGCAAAUACCUCCACAAGGAUGUUCAUAAUCUUUAUGGAUUGCAAGAAUCAUAUGAAACAUAUUAAGCUUAAAAAGAAAUUGGAAAACCAUUGCCAUUUAUUAUCUCAAGAUCCACUUUUCCUGGAAGUGGCCAUUUUACCUAGCAUUGGGAGGGAGACAACGAAGCCUCGUAUACAUUUCUGUAUUUAUCUGUUGGGUCCACAAUGCAAUUCAAUAUCUUCGGUAUACCCAUGGUAGGUGCUGAUGUGUGUGGAUUCUUAGAUAACACUACCCCUAAUUUGUGUGCUCGCUGGGUUUAAUUGGGUAGUCUUUACCCAUUUUUUAGAAAUCACAAUAAUGAUAGAGCCAAGGAUCAAGAAUUCUAUUCUCUUGGUUAGGAUGUGUAUUAAGCAGCCAGAAGAAAUAUUAAAUUAAGAUAUUCUAUUAUCAAAUGGUACUAUUCGUUGUUCCUGAGAUCUAAUCACACUGGUACAAUAUUUCGACCAGUGUUCUUUGAAUUUAAUGAUGAUGUUAAUCUAUUCAAGGAUGAAGUGUUGGAUACAUAAUUUCUAAUAGGAGAUGAACUAAUCGCCACUCCUAUCUUGAUAGAAAAUCAAACCAUAAGAAAGGCAUACUUCCCCAAAGCAUAUUGGUAUCAUUUCUUAAGUGGAUCUAGAUUGUAAAAGUAAGAAGAUCCAGGAUUGGAACAUUUUAUUGUGUGUAAAUACACAGAUUAUGUUCCAUUAUAUAUAAGAGGUGGUAGUAUCAUCUUACAAUAAAAUAUCACUAAUGUAAGAUCCAUUAAGGAUCUCAAAAAUCAUUUUCAUGCUGUCAUUGCUAUUGGUGAAAAAGAUUCCUUUGGUACGAUGAUCGAUUUGGAUGAAUUCUCAGAUUAAAAAAUUUUAGAGAAAUGUGAUCAAUCAAACUGCAUUCUUAAUGUAAAUUUCUCGAUACAAGAAAAUAAAGCUGAAUUUACGAUUGUGAGAGCUGAUAAUGGCAAACCAGCAUCAUAUCCAUUAUUUAUUAAUAGAUUAAAAAUCUAUGGUUUAUCACCAUCCUAAAACAUUAAAUGUUCAAGCAAUAAAAUUGUUGAGUGUUCAUACAGCAAUGAUAAUACAUUCCCGUAUAUUUCCAUCAUAGAAUUAAAUGAAGGAAUUGGCCUUGAGUUUGGUGAAACAACAGACAUAUUCAAAUUAACAUUAUAAUUUUCAUGA